UGUUUUUUACUUUGCUUUGUGCAGAGCUGAGCAAGAGCUGAGUGUGUUGUGUACAUUUUCCAUAAAUGGAAUGAAAAAGCUAGUGUAAUUCUGUAAACUUGUACCAAUACGCAUAUUAUAGUCUACUUACAUUUGUUCAAUAAUUCCGCGUUGUAAUCAUGACAAGUGCUGAUAGAAUAGAUUUUGAAAUGGAGGUAGAAGUGGAGAGUGCUUCAUCAGGGCCGGCUGUGGAUCCUACAAAUCCUACUUCUCCAGCACCACCGAACCCUAGUGGAAAUAAAAGUGUAGUAGUAACUACCGCUACGUCUGGGUCCGUCACUGUAUCUCUUCAUCCUUUAGUUAUUAUGAAUGUUUCUGAACAUUGGACCAGGCUCAGAGCUCAAGAAGGAUCACCUCAGACGGUCAUUGGUGCACUCAUUGGCAAACAAAAAGGCAGAAAUAUUGAAGUGAUGAAUUCCUUUGAACUAGUGUUUAGUGUGAUUGAUAAUGACAUUAUUAUAGAUAGAGAUUACUACAACAUGAAAGAAGAACAGUUCAAACAAGUAUUCUCUGACAUGGAUUUCUUGGGAUGGUACACCACAGGGGAUACUCCCACAGAAAGAGACAUAGCGGUACAUAGACAGAUCUGUGACAUCAACGAGUGCCCCGUCAUGCUCAUGCUUAACCCGGCGGGGAGGAAUGGAGAUCAACUGCCUGUAGUACUGUAUGAGUCAGUUAUAGAUGUAGUCAAUGGACGAGCUACAAUGUUGCUGGCGCCACUCACAUACACGCUCGCGGCCGAGGAAGCGGAGAGAAUUGGUGUUGACCAUGUCGCCAGGGUGUCUUCUGGCGAAGCAGCUCUCAAUAGUUUAGUGGCAGAGCACCUGACGGCGCAGCGCUCCGCCAUCAAGAUGCUGGUGUCUCGAGUCCGCGCCGUGCUGGCGACUGUACGCGCCAUCCGCGACGGCAACCUGCCUCCUCGCCCCGCGCUGCUCAGGGAAGCGCGGGCGCUCUCCAACCGACUGCCGCUGCUAACGUCACAGCAGUUCCGGACGCACUUCUACAAUCAAUGCAACGAUGUUGCUCUGAUGACGUAUCUGGGCACUAUAACCAAGGGCUGCAACGGGAUUAACCAGCUAGUGAACAGGUUCAAUGUCCUUUACGACAGGCAAGGCAUGGGCCGCCGGAUGCGCGGACUUUUCUUUUAAUUUUUACUGGCCAUUAUUUUUGCCAGCUACUGCUUACGCCGUAGACAAAGUUGCUGACAAAAUAUAAUCACGAUUAAUAGUUAAAAAUUGUGUGUUAAAUCACAUUUUGCACAACUAUGAUAUUAAACUACAAAAUAAAGUGAGAUUUUUUGUGAAUAGCUUUAAAACAUUCUGCGCGGUAUAAAAAGGGCCGUAGUUUUUGCCCAACUCUGGGCUAAAUAAUUUUGGUUUGUAUUAUAGCAAGAUUAAAGUACUGUUACAAAAUUAAAGUCAUUUUUAUAUCAAGUCUACAUUGAACCAUUCAUUGUAGAUGAAACUUUCAUUUUGUUCAUGCAAAUAAAAUACAAAAAUUAAAAUAUUUUUGUAUUUUACAUGACAGAAUAUCGUAACAAUUGAAUAUGAUUUAUGCUCAUGAAACAUUAUUAGCUAUUAUAAGAUUCAAUUCGGUAUCUUUAUGAAAUUGAGUGUUGCCUGUCAUGUUGUCUAUAACUACCGUAAACUUCAGAAAUGAUUCUGAAAUGGGAAUACAAUAAAUAAAAAUAAGUUUUAUGAGA